CUCGAUUUUCGCCUGACGACCGAGACAUGGUUAGUUCCGAAAGAAGAUUCCUCCCGCGCGAGGGAUUGUACAUUGAUCCGAUUAUCACGGGCCUGCGCAACACAAUUCUGCAUCCGAUCUUCAGCAUUCCUGUCUGGUGCGUUGCGCAGAAGGCAAGGAUAGCGUCCCCUCUCUAUACGCAAUUCGCUCAAUACCUCGCCAUGGCUAGCGUCUUCCUCUGGCUCAACACGUAUCUCAGUAAGCAAAGCCGAAACAACUGGACCAUCGACGAUACCUGGAAUGAUGACUGGAGGAAAGAGAUUGUUGUGGUCACUGGGGGUAGUGGCGGGCUGGGGGCCGGGGUCGCUCAGCGGUUGGCGGCACUCGGAGCCCGCGUCGUGGUCGUCGAUAUUAUCCCUUUGACUUACGUGCCCGAGAACGACCGCAUUACCUAUUACCAAUGUGAUCUGAGUGAUGAGAAGGAGAUUGCAUCCCUUUGUGAGAAGAUUCGGUCUGAAGUUGGCGAUCCUUCGGUCUUGGUCAACAAUGCCGGCCUCUCACGCGGUCAAACCGUAGCCGAAGGGACGUACCAUGAUACCAGCAUCACUUUGAAGACGAACCUCCUCGCCCCAUUCCUCCUGAGUAAGGAAUUCCUUCCCGGCAUGAUCCACCGCCAGCAUGGCCAUAUUGUCAACGUCUCAUCGAUGAGUGCAUAUAUACCUCCAGCGGGGCUGGCGGAUUACGCGGCUUCGAAGGCCGGAUUGAUCGCGUUUCAUGAGUGUCUGACUCAAGAGCUCAGAUUUCGCCACAAUGCUCCCAAAAUCCGAACUUCGCUGUUGGUCCUGAGCUUUACCAGAACCCCGAUGUUCAAGGGGGAAACCAAUCAAUCGCAUUUCUUCAUGCCCCUGUUGCAUGCGGACACGGUGGUGGAUGCAAUUGUCGACACUCUGGUCAGUGGGUUGAGCCGGACCAUCUACUUACCUGGGAUCUUUCGGCUCUUUGCUGGAUUGCGAGGUGCACCGGCAUGGUUCCAGAGUCUCAUCCUGGAUCGCUCGCAAUCCUUGGCAGUGGACUUUAAAGGCCGGCAGAAGAUCGAUCCGGUCGCGGGGAAGCUUGUCCAGGGCGAUGAUAUCAUAUCCGGGGAAUAG